AUGUUCUGUCAAAAGUGCCGCCAGCCUCUCAAGCUGGAUGGCUCCCUCCAGGACCUUAAUCCAGCCGCCUAUGAUCUUUUAGUUUCUUCAGCAUCACCACAGCCGCCCAAGCAGACAGUCGUCCAGUUUCCAGCCAAGUCACAAAUAAAAGGGCAAGAUGCGGCCCGAAAACCACUCUACGAAGCAGCGUCGCAAAGCGCAAGCAGCCAGCCGACGUUCAAACGCCAUCACGGUAGCAACCCACGCGACCCCGCCAUGUCCUUCAUCUACCUCUCCGAAUCACAGCUCGGCCAUCAACAUGAUCGCUCACAAUCGCCGAGACAACAGCAGCCCUCACCCCGCGCGUCUGCUCCGUCGCCGAUCAAGACACAGCAGUCCUCGUCCCCCCAGACCGACACCGCCAGCUCGACGUCACACGAGGACGAAAUGGGCCGUGUCAACCGUCUGUUCGAGAUUCUCACAGCACGCUCCGAUAUUGACUACCCUAUCUGCAUUGAGUGCACCGACAUGCUUGUCGAUGGCCUGCAGCGCAAGCUCGACGUGGCCACCCGCACACGCGACGCUUACAUCACUCACCUCAAGGAGCUCCGCGCCGCGCAGCCCAGCGAGGCCGACAGAAAGGCUGCUGCGGAGCGGCAGCGCAAGGCGGAAAAUGAGAGGGCGGCCGCCAUGAAGGAGCUCAAGCGCCUCGAGGCCGAAAAGGACGCCCUCGACGAGGAGAUUCUCGCGCUCGAGGACGAGUCGCUGCAGCUCGACCAGGAAGAGGCGGCUUUCUGGGCCGAGCGCAACGCUUUUGCUGCCGAAAUGGCUGAGUUCCAGGCUGAGAGGGACAGCGUCAACAUGAAAUACAGUAAUGACUCCCAGUUGCUGCAAAAGCUGCAACGAACCAACGUCUACAAUGACACGUUUUGCAUCAGCCACGACGGCAGCUUCGCCACCAUCAACAGCCUGCGCCUUGGCCGCCUCUCUAGCAAGCCCGUCGACUGGCCGGAGAUCAACGCCGCCUGGGGCCACGCGCUGCUUCUCCUCGUCACCGUCGCCGACAAGCUCGAGUUCCGCUUCCAGGGCUACGAGCCGCAGCCCAUGGGCAGCACGUCCAAGAUUAUCCGCUUCGAUGCCGCCGCCAGCCCUACUACCAGUCGCCACAUCGACACCCAUGCCCGCGCCGCCCGUCCACCGCCGGCGCCGCCUAAGAAAAACGUCCUUGAGCUGUACAGCUCCGGCGGCGACCUGCCCCUCGGCCUGCGACUGCUCCACCGCGGCUUCGACAACGCCAUGGUGGCCUUCCUCGAGCUCGUCCGCCAGCUCGGCGACCAUAUCCAGCGCAAGACGGCCCGCACUGGUCGGCCGCUCUGCCUCCCCUACCGCAUCGACGGCGACAAAAUUGACGACGUCAGCAUCCGUCUCGGCAUCGCCCAGGACGACGGCUGGACAAAGGCGUGCAAGCUGACGCUCACGUGUUGCAAGUUCCUCCUCGCGCAUGCUAGCAAUGUGAGCACGGUCACGCGGGAUAUAGACUCGUAG